CAUCACUCCGUCCAAACUUCUCGUGUGAAAACUUUGCUGCCGGAUUCACCAGUUGGAUGCUGAAUCUGGCAGGGGUCCAAACAACGGAUGCACUCUACACCAAUGAGAGCAUCCAUUUCAACAAUCGGUUCCCCAUAUGGCACUGAAGCCCCUCCUCCACGCACUAACCCGGCACACGGUCUCAUUCAUGUUCUAAGACAGCACUUCACUGCAAGCCUCCGAGUCCUGGUCCUGGGAUCAAGUCUUCUGGUCUGAUCCCGACUGGCCUGCUGAGACUUUACUCACAAAGAUACUUUAGAAGAAAACUCUGAGGCGGACUGUGGGCUGUGUGAGGAGUGGAGUCCAUCCAGCAGGUGACCAUUGCACUCGAGGUGACGUUUGGAGAUUUGCACUUGGACAGUGCUCGCAAUCACUGGGAGAGUGUUUUUAUCACCAUCGUUUGAGCUUUGAAAGACACUGUGGGAGGUUUUUUUAAAAAAAAUCAUCACACAGCACCGGUCGUUUUUUUCCCCAAAGCUCCGCGAAAUCUCCGUUUCUGCAGUUGGGCUCUGGAGCAGCGCAAAGCACCAGAGUGAUUGGAUCUUGUCUUGUUCUUCAAGCUCCCCAAUUCAACUUUUUAACCCGACUUUUUAACUUCCAAAAAAGUGCAUCUCAAGGAAAGGCAGGGCUUAAAUGUUUGGGAUCCAGGAUCAUCUGAUACGAGACGGGAGCGGAUUAAAAGAGAGAAGUCUUGGAGACGAGAUGGAUCCAGUCCGCUCCUGGGUGCGUAACGUCGGGGUUGUGGAUGCGAACGUCGCGGCGCAGAGUGGAGUCGCUCUGUCCAGAGCUCACUUCGAGAAACAACCUCCUUCCAACCUCCGCAAGUCCAACUUCUUCCACUUUGUCCUGGCUCUGUAUGACAGACACGGCCAACCUGUGGAAGUGGAGAGAACUGCCUUUGUGGACUUUGUUGAGCAUGACAAGACAGGAGAAAAGACCAACAACGGCACUCACUACAAGUUGCAGCUCCUCUACAGCAACGGAGUUCGUACAGAGCAGGAUCUUUAUGCUCGACUCAUCGACUCUGUCACUAAACAGCCUAUAUCAUACGAGGGACAAAACAAGAAUCCAGAAAUGUGUAGAGUUUUGCUCACACAUGAAGUAAUGUGCAGCCGCUGCUGUGAGAAAAAAAGCUGUGGAAACAGAAACGAGACACCCUCCGACCCAGUCAUCAUUGACAGGUUUUUCUUGAAGUUUUUCCUGAAAUGUAACCAGAAUUGUCUGAAGACAGCAGGAAACCCCAGGGACAUGAGGAGAUUUCAGGUGGUCUUGUCCAGCACUGUGAGCGUAGACGGACACGUCCUAGCUGUGUCUGACAACAUGUUUGUCCACAACAAUUCCAAACAUGGACGGAGAGCACGCAGACUGGAGCCAGGGGACUCUGUGGAGAAUAGCAUGGAGUACGCGACACCAUGUAUUAAAGCCAUCAGCCCCAGUGAAGGCUGGACCACUGGAGGAGCCAUGGUCAUUGUCAUAGGGGAGAACUUCUUUGACGGGCUGCAGGUGGUGUUUGGGAGCAUGCUGGUGUGGAGUGAGCUAAUCACACCUCACGCUAUCCGUGUGCAAACACCUCCGCGACACAUCCCAGGGGUAGUGGAGGUCACACUGUCUUACAAAUCUAAACAGUUCUGCAAGGGAGCUCCUGGACGCUUCAUCUACACAGCUCUUAAUGAGCCAACCAUAGACUACGGCUUCCAGCGUCUUCAGAAAGUCAUUCCUCGACAUCCUGGUGACCCAGAGAAACUCGCCAAGGAGAUCCUAUUAAAACGAGCAGCAGAUCUGGUGGAAGCUCUGUACGGGAACCCUCACAGUAACCAGGACAUGUUGCUGAAGCGUGCAGCCGACAUCGCUGAGGCUCUAUACAGUGUUCCCCGUCCUCACAGUCAGCUGCAGGCACUGCCAAGUUCACCUGCCCAUGGGAGUGUGAUGGGUCUGGGCUCUUACCCCUCUCAGUUGGGUGUCAGUAUCGGGGAGCCAGGACAGAGCAGCCAAGGUUACAUUCGGAACACUAGCAGUCUAUCUCCAAGAGGUUACCAAUCAGCCUCUACUCCUCAGCAGUCAGGCUACGGGGGCAGCACCGGGAUGACUGGAGGCUAUGGGACAGUUCCUAUGACCAGCUUAGGUGUUCCUGGUUCUCCUGGUUUCAACAGUGCCUCCCCCACUGGUUCCCCUUACAUCAUGCCCUCCAGCCCCACUAUUCCUGGAAGCUCCAGUUCCUCAUCUUCUCUCCUGCCUUUCUCCUCCUUCCCAUCUGCUGCUAAACAGAAAAGUGCUUUUGCUCCUGUCCUCAGACCACAAGGCUCUCCCUCCCCGGCCUGUCCUGCCUCAGGGGGGAACAGUUUCAGAGGUAGCCACCCAACUCACUAUCUGACUCCGCUGUCUGAACUCACAAAUGCAGUCUAACCCUUUAUACUAACCACCUUCAAAAGCUACAGUAUGACUGAACAAGACUCAAACCACAGUUGCUGGAUGUGCAUACAUACAAGACCAGAAUUAGAAUCAUAGACCUUGUAUAUUUUUUUUUCUCCAGCGAUGGUGGGCAUUCAGUGUUCCCCCGAUGUAGCAAAGCAUCCCAAGUCAAUCUACCCCAGACCAAGCUUCACUUAGCCCCCGUUUUUGGCACUGGGUGGAUGGGGACAUGAGGGAAAAAAAUCAAAAGUAGCAACUAUAUAAAAAAUGUUCUUCCUUGAAGCCCCCUCUCACCACCAUUUUUAAGUCCUCUUUUUUAUUCACGUGGAUGAACGCCACAGGGUAUGACAGUGUCCAAAGAGAUGUGCUCUAGAGCCAGGGGAGGGUACUUCACUAACAACUACAGACAGACAGACAGACGAACAUAGCGGCUGCCUAUCGAACAGCUCCUGACUGGACCAGGCAUAGUCGUGAUGGUAAAAAAGGAAAACAGCUCCCACUUUCACCUCAAGCUUCAAAACCAUCUGUACAGACCUCUGACCUGCGCUCGCAUGCAGUAUUCCACCCUCCCGACACCCGUCUGAGCGUGUUGUGAGAGCACUGUUGUGGUUGGAGGAUGAAGGACAACUCUGAUGAAAACAUGUAGCUCUGAAAAAAGCAGGGUGCGGUUUUGUCUGUGUAUGCACACCUUAAAUGGCAUGUGUUUACACUGUCUGUGAGUUAGUGAGAGAGUUGAUUUUUCUUUUUUAGACUUUUUUGAAAACAAUUAACAUUCUGGAAAAAUAGACCCCCUCCCCCCUUUGUUUUUGUUCUGAUCUUGACUGUUUUACAAGGGAAGUAUACUCUCUGUCCUAAGGGUUAUUACUAAAGGAAUUCAUAUAUUGAUUUAUUUAAGAACAAGCAAUUUAACUUAUUAUAGUUAGUAUAGGGUAUAAUAUAAAUGUGUUUUAUAAUGUGGUCCAGCUGUCACUGAAACAAAGCCUAAUCAACAAUUAGUAGAACAGGAAAUUUGUGAAAAAGUUUUAAAAAGGAGAUCAUUCUGUAGUGGAAAUGAACUCCUGCAGGGUUUUUCAGAAUAAAACUUACGGCAGCAGCAGCUAUUGACCCUGUGUAAAGAAAAUUGUUAGGUAGCCUUAUUCUUAUUUUUCAUUUCACUUAUUUAAAAUGCAUGCGUUGUCACAAAGACACUCCAAAGUGACUUUAUUCUAUGUUCUUUGUUUAUUUUAUUUUUAACACAUGUCAAGUUGGUAGUAUGCAGUAAACAGGAAGUGAAAGCACAACAGCUGAGUGUGUAAAGUGUUCUUAUAUCAGUGUCAUGUGUU